AUGAAGCCAUCAUUUCCGACCCACUUUGUAUCCCUACUCUUUAUCAUAAACGCCCUUACUUUCAGUCUUUCAGUGCUGAAAGUUGAAGCUAAUUCCUUUGUUUACCCUAAAAACUACUACCAAAUAGAGCUUCCCAAGGUGAACGGCCCCGAGAGCUUCGCCUUCGAUUGCCAUGGAAAAGGGCCGUACGCUAGCGUUUCAGACGGUACAAUCCUCAAAUGGGAAGGACCAAAUCUAGGUUGGAAAGAGUUUGCCAUCACUUCUCCUAAUAGGCCGAGGAGUUUGUGUGAUGGCUCCACCAACCCAGAUAAUGAACCAACCUGUGGAAGGCCGCUUGGUCUGAAGUUCAGCCCCAUUACUUGUGAUCUCUACAUCGCAGAUGCUUACUUUGGUCUCCUCAAGGUAGGGCCCAGUGGAGGUGUGGCCCACCAAGUUGCAACAUCUGCAGAAGCAAUUCCCUUUGGAUUUGCAAAUGCUUUGGAUAUCGACAGCCAAACAGGAGUGGUUUAUUUUACAGAUAGUAGCACCGUAUACCAAAGAAGGGUAUGGUUAUUAUCAGUCCUCACUGGAGACAGAACAGGAAGAUUAAUUCAAUACGACCCACAUACGAAGAAAACGACAGUCCUCGUCAGAGGCUUGGCCUUCCCCGACGGUGUGGCCCUAAGCAACGACAACUCUUUCCUCCUCUUUGCCGAAUCAACGACAAUGAGAAUCUUCAGGGUCUGGCUUAGAGGGCCAAAAGCUCAGACCUCAGAAGUCUUCGCUCAGCUGGGAAGGUCUCCGGACAACAUCAAGAGGAACCAAAACGGUGAGUUUUGGGUAGCGCUCAACACUGGGAGAGCAGUAAUAAAAAAGUUGGUCCACAAGAAAUUUCGUGACCAAGUUACGAUGCCCUCGUGGAUAGGAGAUCCUGUUGCCGUCAAGUUUGACGGUGACGGAAACGCUGUGGGGGCAGUGGACGGCGGAGGCGGAAGCGAGCUCGAGUCAGUCAGCGAAGUUGAAGAGCGCGGUGGAAUUAUGUGGUUAGGUUCGGCUGUGAAGCCUUAUGUUGGUGUCAUGCAUCAAAUUGAUUAAGUAAUUGAGAUUAUGAGU